GUCCUGUUUUUCUACUGACUAUUUUAUGAGAAUUUUUUUUUAUAUCAACGCAGGUAUUUAUAUUGUUUGGACUCUUUAUCUGGAUAGUCAUAUGUAUGAAUCAAGUUGAAUAAGCAAUAGGAACUAUAAAUAUGGCAUCAAGAAUAGAAACGGAAGAUUCGGCAUUGGGCAAUAAUCGAGGAUUAAACGAAUCCCAUUGGGAGUAUCUAGAACUGUUUUUAAUCUUUAUCAUAAUCACAAUUCCUAGAGUAUGCUGGUCCUACAUUGCAUCGUUGUCAAGUUCUUUUAAAGGCCUAUUUUUUAAGCAUUAUAUCGCCGUACCUGUGCUUCUUUUAAGUGUUAGUACUUUGACAGCUGUUGUUAUAACUUUAAGGGGUCUGGUACGUUUGAUCGUUGUGAUUUAUUGUUUAUCAUUUUUUGUUUGUUCCAUCAUAAGCCUUUGUUUCAAGCAAGGUGCUAUUAUGUUUAUCGAUUUAUGUGAACAAGUGGAGCAGCAGGAAAAUGUGAUCGAUCCUCAAGACUUGCAAGAGGUUUUACAACCGACAAGAGAUAGCGCAGAAGACGAAAAGAUACUUUUGCAUAAGGCUUUAAAAAACCUGUUGGGACCAAUACCAGAAACUGAAAUUAAGCCAGAUGAAAGGAGAACGCUCCAAAUUCCUUAUGAUGAUGACGCAGCUGUGCCAUAUGAUGCACUUGAUACAUUUCCACCACUAAAUCAUGACGAUGAUAAUACUACCAGAACAUUUCGCAAUCCUGAUUCAUGUUCACCUAGUGCACGUGGUGGAACUUAUAGUAUCUCCUAUGAAGAUAUAAGCUAUUUGUUAACAUCAAGACAUUUUGAUGCUGACGGCUCCGAUUCUCACGAAAUUUCUCAACCUUUAUCUGAAGCACGCAUAGCUUAUGACGCAAGGAAAAAGUUUGUAUCCUUUAUAAAGGCUCGACUCAAUUCAUUCAGAAAACUUCAGCGUAGUUAUUCCUAUGAUUAUAGUGCAGCUGGGCCAUCUCAUGCACCUGAUCCAUUUCCACCAUUGAAAUACGUUAAUGAUAGUUUCGUCGAACCAUCUCAUACAUCUGACCUCUCUUCACCACUGAAUCAGGAUAAUAGUAGUGUUACCAGAGCAUUACACACUCCCGAUUCAUGUUCAUCGAGUGCACAUGAUAGAACUUAUAAUAUCUCCUACGAAGAUAUAACUGAUUUGUUAAAAUCGACACAUUUUGAUGCUGAAGGCUGCGAUCCUCAUGAAAUUUUUCCACGUCUAUCUGAAGCGCGCCUAUCUGCUGACGCAAUAAAGAAAUUUGGAUACCCAGUUCAUGUUCUUGGAGCAGAUUCAUACAGAAUAUUUCAUUCCAGUGAUGAAAACUGUAUUUCCGAUGAACAAGCUCUGUUAGAAGGAAACACUUUUGAAGCUUCUGUUGAAGUUCAUCAUCCUGAUUCACACAGGUCAUUGAGUUCUAACAAUGAUGGUUCCAGUUCUGUCGAACCUGAAUCAAUAACAACUGAUGAAAAUGCAAGAGGGGUUAUUUCCGAUUUGCACUGUGACUUACCAUAUGAGGAUAUUAAUCGGUCUUCAGAAUCAUUCAGCAGUCAAUAGAAUAAGGCCAAGUACGCAGAGUCUACCAAGACUAAAGAUAAUUAAGUAUUUUUAUUAAAAAACUAGAAAAUGUUUUAACUUUUUCUAUGGUAUUUUAAAUUACGAAGUAUGCUUUUGAUUGUUUCACCAUGUUUU